GGGCGAUCUGGGCCGUCGGUUCGUCAGAUCGCGAACCAUCCACCGAGAGAGAGAGAGAUGAGUGCGGCGGCGGGCGGGCUGCGGCGGCUGCUGGCGGCGGCGGCGACGGCGGGAGCGGCGGAGGCGCGUGCGGCCAUCUUCGGACACGCGGUGAACCCGACGGGGAAGCGCGCGGCGACGAAGCUGCUGCGGAAGAAGCUGGUCGGGGAGCAGGUCGCGCAGUGGUACCCCUACGACAUCAAGCGCGACGACCCGCUCGUCAUGGCGCGGGAGGAGAAGGAGCGUCUGUCCAAGCUGGAGAUGCUGAAGCGUCGUGGCAAGGGCCCGCCGAAGAAGGGACAGGGAAGGCGUGCGGUCAAGAGAAGCAAAUAAUUGCCUUACUGAUGCUCUAGUUCUGUUUCUGGCGUUUGCAUUGUUUGAAUUCUGUGUAAUAUUUUCUUGGGACAAUAGAUGAAGAAACCCUCAGUGUUUGCUAUACCUAGUUUCGUCAACGACUGAUUCACAAUGAAGCUGCCUUCCUCGCUAGAAGAAUGAUGCCGUAGAAAUUUAAUGCUUCCAGUUGAGUGCAUGAUGCAAACACCUUUUAAGUGGCAA